GCGAGCCCUGAGAAUGACAAGUUUUCCCAUACAUAUCGUGGGAAAACAUAGCGAAUCAGUGCAUCAGACAGCGGUCUUUUCUCGUCCAUCUGUCGGUGAGUGCAAGUCCAUUCGUCAGACAUCUCGAAUAGUUUUCAAUUCUAGUCUAGACUGCAGAACAAAUAUAUAUUGAUUGCGAUGACAAACUGCCGAAAAGGAUUGUCAGAGAAACAGCCGGAUGUUUGGCGACAUUACACCUAAACGGAUUAUUGUUUUAGUAAUGAUUCACAGUAGAGCAUUUUAAAAGCACAAAUUCUCUUGACCAGAACCGUGUGCUGCGAUCAGGUGCGGUAGGUGAACAGUUUAUCCACAUUUCCGCCUAUAGAUAGAUUUGCACAUGAUUAUUCAUGCUAUUUUGACAUCUGUAACAGUUUUAUAAGAUAUUUAGGGCACACUUUACAGUUUUAGUGCUAAUAUAAAUUGGUUUAGCUACAGCAACAAUAGUUGAACCAUGUCUGUGUUAGACUCAACAUUGCAAUCCAUCAAGAUUCGAAGUGUUUAAGUUUAGUUUUGUUUCGGCUAAUUUGUUCGUGUGUUAAAUGAACAAGUAUUUAAUUUAUCUACAACAUGACAACAUGUUGCACACUACUGUCAUUUAUCAACCAAUUUGUGCUUUUACUUGUUUGAGUCAGUUUCUAACAAGUUUCUAAUAACAAAAAAUACAAUCCUUUAAUUCUGGCUAGGCUUAACAGUAAACUGUAAACAAUUAUUUAAUAAAGAUUAAAUGUUUUGAACUAGGAAAUUUCACACCCUGUUCAUGAGCAACUACCUGAUGCAAUGGUGAUGCAAAGACAACUGCAUUUAUUGCAUUUAUUGACAAAUAGAACAGAGGAUAUUGACCAAGGGAUGGCAUAUUACUGGCAGGAAGGCUUUUUAAAAAUACUGGAAACUUCACAUUCUGUUUAGAUUUGAAUGCAUAAAGAAGCAGAAAGGUGUUGGUUCCUCAUUUGAAAAGCGUUUGUUUUGUUGUUUUGUUGUUUGACCUUAUCCUGCCUCCAUCAAGCUUUGUUUAUUUAUUUUGGUGAAGGUCUCUCUCCACACAAACCUUCUGCUUGGAAUUGAAAAAGCCUUUCUUCGUGUGUUGGCAUGAUUACUUAAAGGCAGGGUGUCAGAUUUCUUUCAGCCGUUGUUGAUUUUAAAAUCUCCAAAACAAACACAACCCUGCCCCCAUCUUUCGAUCUCGUCAGCGCUCGGCUCGUCUAAAGUCCGUCCUGUUCACUGUGCACAUUACUGCUGAUUGGCUACAAGGUUGUUUUGGUACUCGGCCCGACUCAGUUGUCUAAAGCGUAAUUCAGAAAUCGGUUACCCUGCCUUUAAGUUUAUUUAAAAUAUUUGCUGAUUUAAAAUUAUUCACAGUGGACUUCCUUACUAACAAAGGCAUUUGUUUCUCAGUGGAUUGUACACAAGCAAAAAAUGAAAGACUAAGAUACAGCAGGUGAAAUUAGUUAUAUCCUGAUAAUUAUUAUUUGUGAUCAUGAUACUGUAGCUUAAGGAUCACAGCUCCAAAAGAGAAUCGUCAUUUGCGCGUACUAUAAGGGGGAACCAAAGAGUAUAGAUGACAAGAGGUGAAAUUCAAUAGAUAGUUCCAUUGCAACACCUGCACCCUGCGUUUCCGCCAUUUUGGGUUGAAAGCAACUCUGCUUUCUGCUCUGACGAUGGCAAUAUCAGCUGCUUUGUUUAAAAAAUAAAACAUUAAAGCUGAAAUUCAACCUGAAUGAUGAUAAGAAAUGACGACAAAAGCCUUGGCUCGCUAGAAACCUUGACAGUUAUCAAGCAUUUUCACCCCAAAAGGGCAGCCGCAUUGUUUUCUCUUAAAAAAGCACCAGAGUUACGCCUCUUGGUAUCUAUACUCUUUGGGGGAACAUCAACACAGGAAGCGACACUGUCAUUUACAGAUUAUUUUGUUGCGUGAGAAUGACGUUGAUCGAUACUUUCAAGCCUACCUGUUGUCAGUGGAAACGCAAGCCUAAUAAUGGUUACCCGUAACGAAGCAUACCAUAAUGUACUGUACUGUAACGAACCGUACUGCACAGUGGAAACUGACUAAGUUUAACACUAACCUGUUUACAAACUAUUACUUUGUUACCUGCAAAAUUCAUCCUAAUGCUGCCCAAAUUUAUCAAUUUUCUCACCUUAGAAGCACAUGACUCAUUUAAAGGAGUCAUGAACUGGCCUUUUUUAUGACGUUGCGUCAUGCGGAUCUGGUCAGCACUCUCCACUCGAUGGUGCGUCGUGCUGCAGGCAGUUUCUGUUCUGCCAACCACAGACCCUUCCCCCAUGGGGAUGAUAAUGCAGAUCGCUGGGACAAGAGUAAGCUCUCUCCGGUGCAGAGCAUCUCUUAUCUCAGUAUGGAACAAGAAUCUGUCACCAUGAUGGCACGCCUUACCUAUGAGCAUGCCCAGUCAAUAAGGCUUUACCUGACACUCUUCAGGCCGCAAUUAGCGGUCCCACUGAAACUGUUUCAGAGGCUCCUGAGGCAUAUGGCAUCCUCGACAGCAGUCGUGCUGCUCGGGUUGACAGAUAUGAGACCGCUUCAGCAUUGGCUUCAAAGUCGCGUUCCUUGAAGAGCGUGAUACACCGGCACGAAACGUAUCUCCAUUACGCCUCACUGCUGUUGCUCCCUAGCCCCAUGGACAGAUGUGUCCUUUCUCCCGAUCAUGUAGGUCUUGAGGAAAAGGUCUCUACAAAAGGUAAAUGAAUGCGGAAUUUCAUUCGCCAAAUUUCAUUGGCCUUUUCUAUAGUAGUCAGAAUUGAUUGGUUCUCAAGGGCGAACCCCAUCUCUCGUUCUCGACACAACGUCGAGAGACUGACAAAAGGGAACAUUAGUUUUCUGUUACCAACAUUUUUCUAAAUAUCUUCUUUUAUGUUCCGAUGAUGACAGAAAGUCAUACAGGUUUGAAUUGACAGAAUUUUAAUUUUGAAUGUUGAUUCAAACGUUGUUGAAAACAUUUGGGAUAAUGCAAGUACACACGUAAACAAAAUAAAUAACAGUGCACUGGUAGUUUUCUUGUAUUUUAACGGAAAAAUCUUACAUAUUGUCCCUUUUACUAACUUCUAUAUGUGCAUUAAGCUAUCCAGAUGUUAGGUCCACAAAAUCAGAUCUGCUCGUUUUUUUUAAAUCUUUUAAUAUUUUUGAUGGACAGUCAAAAAUGAUUGCACUUUUUUAUUGACCAAAUAAUCCAUUGCUGUUUGGUAUAGGAUUAAACAUCCAUGAACAUUUCAGCAUCUUAAAGUCUGCUUAGGUUAAAUUUAGGUACGACUUUAAUGAUGACGUUUAUCGCACAAAGUAAAAAGAACAGAGUUCUUUCCUGAGUUGUAAAUUGUUCUUUUUUUUCAUGAAUGUGCACCAAGCCAGAAUAAAGAAUCUUUUUACUGUGGAACCAGGGAACAAGGGCCAAAAUAGAUGUCACCUCCAGAUUUUCUUUGAUCUGAGACAGUUCACAAAACCAACACUAACCUGCAUGGUGGGUGAUGUGGAACAGGGAGAUGAUGGUCCAGGACACUCUCCUAUGGCAUGCCAUGAAGCAAUCGGCUCGAGUUCUCCUGUUUUUCCUAGUGGUCUGGACACUGCUCUUCCUCUUUGUCACCACCUACUUUUCUGACCAGACCCAAAUGGCAAUUUCCAUCUCAUACUCUGACGGUCAACAUGUUGCCCGGGACAGCAGAGAAUUAAAAAAAAUACACUUGAGUCGGUUUGCAGAGAGGAGGGGUCCUUUCCAGAGCAGACGAGAUUUAAAACUUUCUGACUCAAGAUAUAAGCAGCUUCGUUUAAGGAAUAUAAACAACAUGGAAUUAAAGAGAAACAAGAUGAAGACAAUCGACAACACUUGGUUACUGAUGGAAGGUCUUUGGAAGGGAAAUGUGUCCUCCAACUUGUUAAAUCAACGAUUGCAACAAGUCAUAAAAGAUUAUGUUCGGGUCAAUACGCACAAGGUUCUCUACAAAGGGAGGAGAAAUGCAAGUAGGAGCGGGCAGGAGUUACUCUGUCAGAUGAAACGGCAAACUCGGCUCAAGAAUCUGGAUAGUUCAGAGCAGCCAUUUUUUCGCCUUGACUUUCAACGGUGGUUUCCAUCCCAACCCCUGCAGAAGGUGUACAAGACAUGUGCUGUGGUAUCAUCAGCAGGCUCAAUCCUUAACUCUUUAAUGGGUCGAGAAAUUGAUUCCCAUGAGGCUGUGUUGCGUUUUAAUUCUGCACCUUCUAUUGGUUAUGAAAGAGAUGUGGGCAACAAGACCACCAUUCGCAUCAUGAACUCUCAAAUUCUUGCAAACCCCAAGUACAAAUUCAACAGCAGUUCUAUUUAUAAGAACAUUGCUUUGCUAGCCUGGGAUCCUGCUCCUUAUGAUCUUGACUUGGAAAAGUGGUACAAGUAUCCCGACUUUGACCUCUUCAAACCCUACAUUGCUCGUAGAGAGAGCAAUCCUGAGCAGCCUUUUUAUAUCCUGCAUCCCUCCUUUAUCUGGAGUCUCUGGGAUUUUGUGCAAAAUAACACAGUGGAGAACAUUCAGCCCAACCCUACUUCCUCAGGAUUUAUAGGUAUAACUGUGAUGAUGAACCUAUGUGAGGAAGUCGAUGUCUAUGAGUACAUCCCUUCUGUAAGGCAAAGCAGUCUGUGCCAUUAUCAUGAGACGUAUGAAGACGAUGGCUGCACCUACGGGGCGUACCACCCUCUGAUUUACGAGAAGAUGCUCAUCAAGCGCAUGGGCACAGCUUCUGAACACGACCUCAGGAAAAAGGGAAAGGUCACUCUGCCAGGUUUCUCCAAGAUUACAUGUCCAACGUGAUGAUUAGACUCACUAGUGCAGUACAUUCACAUGGCAUCCCAUUGAAUGUAUUUCUGCACUAUUUUAUUUCAUUUUGUCAAACAUUUUCUGUACUGUAAGCACUGUUUUCAGAUUAAUAAAUGGAGAGGCUUAGUGUAUCCGGAUAAAACACUUAAAAAUUAAUUCAGACACUUUAUCCACUCACGGGACAUGACUUUCCAAAAGGAAAAUUCCCAUUUUCCGGAUGGGAAUUAUCCACUUUAAAGCUUGUUCAUCUGCAUUAUAUAAUUAAUUGGUAAUCUGAUUAAAUAAUUUGCAAUUACUCACUGCCUUUAAAAGUUUAGUAUAAUUAGCUUGCUUAAUCAUAUUUCAACAAACAAGAAUAAUCGUAAAAUCAUGAAAACUAAAAAGGAUUUUCAAAAUAAAAAUGUUAUAAAGAAAAAGUGAAUAUAUGCAUAUAAGCUUACUGUGUGCUAAACCUAAACCUUUAAACAGUAGUGUAUUUUUAAAAUGAAACUUUUAUCUUAAAGUCAUGGUAAUGGUAUUCUAAAUGCAUAUAAAUCUGCAAUGUAAAUGUAAUGUAUUUGGAAAUGAAUUUGGAUUUUAAAUUAUUUUCACAUAAAAAGAUUUAGAUUCUAGGUAGAUCUAGGUUGGAUAUCCACAGGGAAUUCUGCUGCAGAAUUGUUAACUGCACUACGGGUAUACUGAAUUCCUUCCGCCUUACCUGUUUACUGUGAAUAUAAAAUGUUGGCAGAUAUAUUUUUAAACGAUACAAUUUUACUGUAAUAUUUUGACAAAGUAAUUUUGUAAGCUGUGCCAAUUUUUUUUCUAUUUUUAUUGUAUUGAAAAAAAUCUACAUUUUAAUUGGUUUUGGUAUUAUUUGUCUUUAUAUUAACAUGUAUUUUGUACCUGAUGUUUUUAUUUCUAACGGCUGGUAAAUAGUUUUUAUUACUGUGAAUGUAGUUUCAUACAGUGUAAAUAAAGGAAAUGAAUGAGUAUUUGAUGAAACAAUGUUACAUAUUAUCUAUUUCUCAGUGUCUCUCAGUGUAUAAGAGCAGUAAUUCCUAACACUUCAUACCCAAUAAUUCAGUGCAUAAUUAAGAAAAUUGUUGUCUGACCUGUUUGUUCAUAAGGAUGUAAAUAAGAGGGUUGAUGACUGUGCUGCUUUUUGCCAGAAUUGAAGGCACCACGCUCGCAAUGGGUGUGAUGAUGCCCUGAUGUCCAAACGUAGCCAUCAUUGCAACUACCCCAUAUGGCAUCCAGCACAAGAGGUAGCACACCACUGUGGUGAUGACCAUGAAUAAAAUGUGGUACUCUCUCCGCCUCGCUGCCGUCUUCCUGAUGCGGCCCACCUGCAGAGAACAUUCACAUUGAAAUGGAUUUCAUACUUUUUCCAGCAGAUAUUUUGAAAGUAGCCAUUGAUCUCAAUGGACUCGGGCUUCACUAUAGAGCAAGUCUGCAAUCUGGUUAGAAGAACCACUGAGA